GGUUGCCUUGGCGACUCGGCCUUUCUCUGUUUUCCUUCUCUCGCCCCCCUGCGGUUCCCUGAUCCGCGCCUGCGCAGAGGACUCGGCACGGAGGUGGCCGAACUGUGGGAAGCGGCCGGAGUGGGCGCAUGGAAGACCCAAGAUUAUCUAAAGACACAGGGAAAAUGGUGGAAAAUUCACCGUCGCCAUUACCAGAAAGAGCGAUUUAUGGCUUUGUCCUUUUCUUAAGCUCCCAAUUUGGCUUCAUACUGUAUCUUGUGUGGGCUUUUAUUCCUGAGUCUUGGCUAAACUCCUUAGGCUUAACCUAUUGGCCUCAAAAAUACUGGGCAGUUGCACUGCCUGUGUACCUCCUCAUUACUGCAGUGAUUGGUUAUGUGCUCUUAUUCGGGAUAAACAUGAUGAGUACCUCUCCACUCAACUCCAUUCAUACAAUCACAGAUAACUAUGCCAAAAACCAACAGCCAAAGAAAUACCAAGAAGAGGCCAUCCCAGCAUUAAGAGAUAUUCCUAUUAGUGAAGUAAACCAAAUGUUUUUUCUUAAAGCCAAAGAACUUUACACCAAAAACUGAAUUGUACAUAGACUAAUACCAAACAUUUAUUACAAAUUUUUGAUGGAAGAAUUUCGACCGUAGUAAUUUUGACUGUCUUUCUGAUUAAUAUCCAGUAUUGAAAUGUUAAAAAAAAGAAAGAGAAAUGUAAGUUGAACUUCUCUUAGAUUAAGUUCUAUUAAUAUUAUAAAUGUUAUCAAAUAGUAGUUACUAAUAGAGUAAAUAAAAUACUACAUUACCAUAUGGCAGGUGUCCCUCCAGAGAGGCAUUCAUGUUGUAAUUUUCAAAGGGCAAUUGUGUCCUUCCCACUGUUUGUUCUUAGAAGCCCAGAAUUCAAACUCCUAGGUUUAGGAGAAGGGCACAUUUAAUGUGUGUCUCUGCCAUCAGAUUUGUGUCUCAGGGACGACUGCUUUAGAUGGGGCAGUCGACGAAAGCUGCUGCGAGGAGGCAGUUGGGGUUGAGGUUUGAUUAGCAAAAACAGGAGCCGUCGUCACAUAAAGAUUAGAGGGUCAGCAGGGAGCUUCCAGUACCGAGCAGGCAGGACAGAGACCUUGGGUGGGAAGGAGGGAAGGAGCGUGGUGUGUCCUAAGGCCAGGAGGCCAGCAGGGGGCCUAGCGCUUGCUGCUGGAGGGUGUGAGGGCUGUGAGGACCAGUGUAAGAAGUCUGAGUUCAUCUGUCAGUGUGAUGGGUUUGAGGCCCUUCACAUACUGAGCCAUUAGGAGGCUUUGAGGAAAAGUGUGUCAUGGCCUGAUCUGUGUUUUUUAAAAGCCACUGAGGGGAGUUCCCUGGCAGUCCAGUGGUUAGGACUCUGCGCUUUCACUGCAGGUUCACUCCCUGGUUGGGGAAUUAAGAUCCCACAAGCCGCUGGUUGCGGCCAAAAAAAAUAAAAUAAAAGCCACUGGGCGGUGGGUGGAGGGUAGGUUCAGGUGGGGGAAUUGGGGACAGGGAAGAGUGUGGAAGUAGGGAGACGGGUCAGGAGACAAUUGCAUUAGUCCAGGCAGAAAAUGCUUGCCGCGUAGAGCAGAGUGGUAGCUGUGGAGCUGCGGAGGAGCGCGUAGCUUUGCAGCAUUUGUUGGAGACAGCUGACUGGGUAGAUGGAUCUGAUUGUACAGGGUAGGCAGGCUACUGAGAGGAGUUGUGAUCAAGAGUCAUUCCUGGGUUUAUUUAAAUUACUGAACUGAGUAGAUGAUUGCACCUUCUACUGAAUCAGACAGAUUUGGGGAAGUGCAGUUGAGGGGGUUGGAGGAUUUGGUAACUAACUAUGGAUUAGUUUGAGCAACGCUGCCGUAUUAAUAUCUGGGUAUGUCUCGUGUAAGAUUAAGAAGCCUAGAUAGAAAUGUUUAAAAGAAACAAGCCACCCAUAACUUAGCAGGCAUAUACUCAUAGUUGGCCAGGGGGACCAAAUCUAAAUUCAUCUAGCACUCAGUGCCGCCUAUCUUUUGAUAACUUAAAUCUCUACCCAGGAUUGGAGGCACACAUUUUAAUUUAUGCAAAUUUAACUAUAUUUUCUGUAUUUAAAAAUAAAAAAGGAAAGAGAAAAGAAAAACUAAUAAUUUUAAAGAGUUGGGAAAACGAGGACUUCCAUUUCAAUAACAUAUCCCUGCCCAGUAAGCAUGAGAUGGAUAACGUGAAUCUGCUGUUUCUGUUCCCUAAUGAGUCCCAGUUCCUGUAUUAAUUUAGGGUAAGGGCACGUCACCACACUGAAGAGCAGUUUGAGGGGACCAGCCAACUCUGUCAAGGGUAGAAUGAUAAAUAAAUUGUGUCCUGUUUAUACAAUGGAAAACGACACUGCCAUGCAGACAAGAAUGAAAUUACUGCUCUACCUAGCAACGUGAGUGAAUUUCACAAUGUCGGGCAUAAAAAGCCAGAUAUAAAGGAAUAUAUACAUAUAUAUAUAUAUGUACACACACACACAUAUAUAUAUGUAUAUAUAUGUAUACUGUAUGAUGCCAUUUAUAUGAAGUUCAAAAUCAGGAAAAUAAUUUUUAAACCUAUGGUGAUAUAUAUUAGAAUAGUGGUAUUAACUAGGAGGCAGCAUGAGAGAAUCUGCUGGUGAUUUGAAAAUGCCCUACAUCUUGAUUUGGGUGGUAGUUACCUGGGAAUCACGUAUGUUUAGAAAAAUAGUUAUUAUCAUUAAGAUUUGUGCUCCUAAUGUAAGUUAUACAUCAAUAAUGAGGUAAAGAACAGUACUAUGCCCCAUCCCCAGAAAUUUUGAUUCAUUGUUCUGGAGCAGGGCCCAGGCCAGGGUAAUUUUUAAUGUCACCCAGACACUUACAACAGGCAGCCAGGGUCAGAACUUCUGCCUUCGUUGAUUGGACUUAAACUGACCCUGUGGUCAACCAGGGCAAUGGCCAUUCACUUUGGAAGAGAAAGUGGCAGUUAACAGAGCUGUCCUCUUCCCACCAAACUGGAGGCUGCAAUUCCGUUGAAGGUCAUGAUCAAUUUAGUGCACCUGCCGCUUUAUACUCAUAAAGAGUAAGAGACCCAAAGAGUUUCUGUGUAUGUGGAUUAUAUAGAGAAAUUAAAGUAGAAAUUUUAAAAAUAUUUGUUUAUAAAUAAUAAACCUGUUACAUUUUGUUGUA